AUGCACAGCACAGCGCGCCGCAACGUUGACAGGCCGCUUGGCAGCGAGAAUGGGCUCCGUCUCGGACCUGAGACGCCUCAUUUGCGGGCGCUCGCGCAGUUCUCGCUUGCGAAUAUACCAGUAGUCCCACCAAAGGCCCGAUAUCUCCAGAAACGCGGGGUUCUUUCUCUCCGCCAGCGCGCCUUUGCUGGAGAAUCCUCGCGUAUCGAACUAUCAGUGGCUAUCCCUAGCUCGCCCGCAAUCGAGCGCCGACGCCUCCUCGGUUUGACGGGGCUUUUCCCCUCGAAACACCAUACGGAGUACAAAUUUUGA